AUGCUUUUUUGGGUUGGAGUUCUGUUACGAGAAGUUUUUCAAGUAACAGCUGUCACUGUGGAUCCAUGUUCUGCCUACAUCAACCUGAAUGAACCAUGGAGAAACACUGAGUAUCACGUCAACCAGUCGUCCGGGGUGCCUUUUUGUGACAACCAUAUGUCCGGGGAGUGGUAUCGCUUCACAGGACUGGCGGGGGAUGCCAUGCCUACCUUCUGUAUCUCCGAGAACCACUGCGGCACCCACGCUCCGGUCUGGCUCGCCGGCAGCCACCCUCAGCCGCAGGAAGGCAUCGUCCGUUUGCAAGUGUGCGCCAGCUUCGGCGAAAAUUGCUGCCAAUGGAAUGCCAGCGUGGAUGUGAAGGCCUGCACUGGAGGUUACUUUGUAUACCGUCUGCCCAGACCUCCGGUUUGCUUCCAUGUCUACUGUGGUCAUUUCUAUGAAAUCUGUGAUGACGUUCCAUGCGUCGGUGCGAGAUGUCCUGUGUCGGAAUGUCGCUGUGCUCCUGGAACCUUUCUGGGACCAGACGGACAAACAUGCAUGGAUGUGAAUGAGUGUGAGAAGGCCAACGGUGGCUGUGCAGAAAUCUGCGUCAACACCAAAGGGUCCAGACGGUGUGAGUGCAGACCAGGUCGAGUGCUGGAUGAAACCGGGCUUAACUGCCGAGAGAUCAAAGGCUGCCAUGUCAACAAUGGAGGCUGCAGUCAUGCCUGCUCAUCAUUGCAGGACUCCUACCAGUGUCACUGUCCAAGAGGGCUGCAGUUGAGCCAUGACUCACGCACGUGUCAGGUGCCAGUAGAGUGCAACCCCAGCUCUAUUACAGUGUCAGUGCCAAGGGACAUUGUUGGAGGACUGGACCUCUUUCUUUCCAACUCAUCAUGUCGAGGAAUCUCCAAUGGCACACACAUAAACCUAAACUUCAGCCUCAAAACAUGUGGAACUGCUGUAGAGGUGACAAAUGACAAGAUUGUGGCAACCAAUCUGGUGACAGGCCUUCCCAGGGCCAAUCCGGGUAGCAGCAGGGACUUGAUAGUACGCAUUAGUAAGUUAGUGCUGCCCAUCACAUGUGAGUUCCCCAGAGAAUACCAAGUGUCCGAUGGAUACCAAGCAAGUCAGCGCAACUCUGCAUUGGAGCUGGCCGGACACAGCAAGGGAGUCUUCCCCUUCUCGCUGGAGCUCUUCAAGAACGCUGAAUUCUCGGAGUCCUACCGCGAUCCUCCUCAGCUGCGCCUCCACGACUCCCUCUUCUUCGGGGUGGAGCCCAGAGAAAGAGUGGAAGGUCUUUCUGCCCUGGUAGAGAGCUGCUUUGCAACACCAGGGCCAAAAGCUGACCAAGCCCUCAAAUAUUACCUCAUUAAAGAUGGAUGUAUCUCAGAUGAAACAGUGACUCAGUACUUAUCCAAAGAUCAGCUAUCGAAGCACUACCAGGUUCCUGUUUUCAAGUUCAUUGGCAAGGAGAACCGGCAGGUGUUUCUCCACUGUCAAGUGCUGGUGUGCAGCCUGGGAGAUUCUCGCUGCUCACAGCCUUGUAGGAGACGUGUCCGUCGCGGGGUCCCAGCUCAGGGACAUCACACAUUGAGCGGGGGCCCCAUUUUCAUCAUUCCGGAGUCCAGCAGCCGGACAGAUUCAAAUUCAGCAAAUACUCCGAUCAAAGACAUUUAA